CACUCGUCCAGUUCCAUUUUUCUUUUUUUUUUGGGACUUUUUCCAUUGGUUGGGCUAAUAGUUGAGGAAAAAGAAAGUGCUUGUGGGUUUUUCCCUGUUACCGCUAUUGCAAUACCCUCUUCUUCUUGUUCUUCUUUAGCAGCCUUUUUUUCUACUUCUGCCAAUCUCUUUUCUGCCCUUUUGCUGUCAUUCAAGUCAGUCAGUCCAUUGUCCGCCACUCUUUUUUUUUUUGGGUUCCCUUUUGCCAUCUUGUCCAAAGCGACAUUUUUACGCUCUAAUUUGUCUUUUUUGGUUUCUUGGCUUUCUCAUGACAUCGCUCAAUGCUAGUCCAAGUAUAAACACUUCUUCAAGUGUGACUUCAACUGAUAAUAGCUCUUCCCUUCACUCCACUUCGUCCAACGACAAUCAACCCACGGCCGCCUCGGUCGAUGCCGGACCUGUACAAGCCUAUGCCAAAUUGGAAGGCGAGGAUUUCUGUUACUACAUUCGCACCUUGCAAGUCACUCUCGGACGCAAGGCUGCCAAACCAGAUAAUGUCGACAUUCCACUCGGGAAUACCAAAUCAGUUUCUCGUCAGCAUGCUCGUCUUUUUUACAACUUUACAACCCAACGUUUCGAGAUGAUGGUUUUUGGCAAAAAUGGAGCUUUCGUCAACGAACAGUUUGUGGAAAGAGGAGUGACAGUUCCCCUCGAGAAUCGCACCAAAAUCCAGAUCGGUGAGGUAUCAUUUGUUUUCUUACUACCACGGAUGGAUAUGGAAGAGUCACCUCGAAAUGAGAAUUUUGGAUACAUCUCUACCCCACAUCAGUUAGAGAAACAAUCUCUGCAAAACCAGAAAAAAGAAGAAGCUCGAGAAAGUAUUUCCAAAGAAGAAAUUUUUGGUUCCGAGGAUCGAAAUGACUCACCGGAACCCAAUCAAUAUGGAAGCAAAGACGUUAAACCGCCCUACUCUUACGCAUCUCUCAUCGCGCAAGCCAUCAAUUCUACCAACGAUAAGCGCAUGACAUUGAAUGGCAUCUAUACUUACAUUACCACGCAUUAUCCCUAUUAUCAAAUGGCUCAGAAUGGCUGGCAGAACUCGAUUCGUCAUAAUUUAUCCUUGAACAAAGCUUUUGUCAAAGUACCACGAGGCGAUGCUGAACCUGGAAAAGGCGCUUUUUGGACCAUCGAUUCCACGGCCGAGAAUCAGUUUACCAAUGGGAUCUACAAGAGAAAUAAGCGAACCGCCAGUAAAGGGCCCAGUGGCAACAACUCGGUCAGCACCAGUCCCGUGGCCGACAUGCGCAAACGAAUUAAAAAAGAGGGAUCUGACAGUGAUGACGAUAUCAGUACGCUCGAUUCAGCAAGAUCAAGUCAACCCGCCACCACGGUGGGCGAGACCACAUCUGCUGUGGCAAUCGAUAGCAAUGUGGCAACCAGUCCCGAAGCGUCCAAGUCUACCAAACUUAUACCAACCACAUCAUCCGCCACCGUAACAGCGCCACCAGCACCAGCAGCAACAACAACAACUGCAACAGCAACAGCAGCAGCAACAACUGACUCUGGUGCCGCGGCCGUCUCUUCACAACCUUCAGUUUCUGCUCCAUCGACUGCCGCUCCUGUCACCACUCCUGCUCCAUCAUCUUCCCCGGCUGCGCCACCGGCCGCUGCUAAUACUCAAAAUAUACAAGCGCAGCUUCAAUUGCAGUUGCAGAAUACAAUUCGCCAACAUCUGCUCGAUCCUGUUCGUUACCCUCUUCCAGCCUCCAUUGCUCAACUUCUUCCUCAAGCCAUUGCUCAGUUACCGCCUCAAUUGGCCAGUCAACUUUCCGCCACCCUUCAAUCGGCAUUACGGGCUCACGGCGCUAAUCCUCCUUCUAAUUCAUCCCCUAUUCAAGCCACCUUGCAAGCUCAAGCUCAAACUAAAGCAUCGUCUUCUCCCGUCGAACCGUCCCCCUCAACUCAAACCUCACCCACCCCGACAUCCACUCCCAGUGCCAACCAAUAAAUGCCCCUCCCCCCCCCCCAUGAUUUCCUGUAUGCAUGUGUCAAAGCUGUACCAUUUGUUAUAAAAAAGCGGAAACUUUUUUUCUCUCUUUUUUUCCCCCUCUGGCAGCACAUGUGACACUGAUCGGCAUUGACUGCUUCACAGUAAUCCACGGUGAUCUUAUCAAUCCCUUCUCUUUCAUUGACAAGUAAGGACAUGCUGAACAGGGUAAUCGUAUAUAGGCUGCUGCGGUAGCGUCAAGCAUUCUCCUGUCAAGAUAGAAAAAAACGAAGAAUGAUAUUUAUUGAAAUUGCU